CAAACUGCAGUCUCACUCUCCCCCUUUCUGCCUCCCACCCCUCUCACACUCUGUCUAUCUCCUUUUCUCUCUCUCUCUCUCGGACUCUCCCUGUAUUUGUAUCUUAUCCAUCUCCCCCACUCUCAUUCUAAAGUAUCCACCCCUCUUCUUCAUUUGGAGUUCUGUCCGUCUCUCUCAUUUCCUCUACCUCUGGGUGCUCUAUCCUUGCUCUUUAGCUAGUCCCUCUGUGUGUGUCUACUCCCCCUCUCUCUCUCUCUCUCUCUCUGUCUCUCUCUGUGUCUCUCUCUCUCUGUGUGUCUCUCUCUCUCUGUGUGUCUCUCCCUUGCGCUACUACCCUCCCUUUCUCCCUACCCGUCCUUGUGGAGAUCUUGACAGCUCCCAGUGGCACUCACUCUACUCUCCUGCGUGGGAAACAUGUCAGCCAUUCUGGAUCUGGACCAGAUUGCAUGCUCUGGGAAUGGAGUGGAGCAUGACAUUGAAACUCCCUAUGGCGUCCUCCAUGUGACCAUGAGGGGUGUGCCCAAGGGCAACCGGCCAAUCAUCCUCACUUACCAUGACAUUGGCCUCAACCAUAAGUCGUGCUUCAACACGUUGUUUAACUAUGAGGACAUGCUGGAGAUCACCCAGCAUUUUGCAGUUGUUCAUGUGGACGCCCCUGGCCAGCAGGAGGCUGCGCCCCCAUUCCCUACUGGGUACCAGUACCCGACCAUGGAUGAACUUGCUGAGAUGCUGCCCUCAGUUAUGACUCAGCUAAAGGUUAAUAGUGUGAUCGGGAUUGGAGUUGGAGCAGGUGCCUACAUCCUCUCAAGGUUUGCUCUGAAUAACCCCAGCCUGGUAGAGGGCCUGGUGCUGAUCGACGUGGACCCAUGUGCCGAGGGCUGGAUAGAUUGGGCGGCCUCCAAGCUGUCUGGGUGGACCAGUAAUCUUGUGGACAUCGUGAUGGCUCACCACUUCAGCACUGAGGAGUUGACAGAUAACCAGGAGCUCGUCCAGACCUACCGACUCCAUAUUGCCCAGGACAUCAACCAGGACAACCUGGGCCUGUUCUGUGCUACCUACAAUGGACGUCGGGAUCUGGAGAUUGAGAGGCCAGUCGUUGGUCUUAAUGAGGACACAGUCAACACACUGUUGUGCCCUGCUUUGCUGGUAGUUGGAGACACAUCCCCUGCUGUGGAGGCUGUGGUGGAGUGUAAUUCCAGAUUAAAUCCAACUAAGACAACACUGCUUAAGAUGGCUGACUGUGGAGGCUUGCCCCAGGUUGUUCAGCCUGGAAAACUGGCAGAGGCAUUCAAGUACUUUGUGCAGGGGAUGGGCUACAUUCCCUACGUUCUUCUCAGUCACCUGAGCAACGAAUCAGGUAUUAGGUCCUUGAGCAGCUUCAAGGCUAAGACUAGCUGCACCAGCCGCAAGUCAUCCCUGCCCACACCAGAUGAAUGUCAAUUGCCGUCAGCUGGUCUGAGCCGCCUGGCCCGCUCCCGUACCACCUCCUCCUCCAGCAUCACCUCCAUGGACAGCAGCCGCAGCCGCAACUUCAACAGCCUGCUGGAGGGCAACACCACUGGGGCCCUGGACAGCCAGGUUGGCCCCCAGACCAUGGAGGUCUCCUGCUAAACCUGCCCCCACACUCCUACUUACCACCGGGAAGCAGCCCUCCAUGCUGCCCCUGUCCGCCUCCUCCUCCUCCCGUAACUUAUGUCUCCCAUCUGUAUCUCUCUUACACUGCUACUCAAUGCCAGAAGGUUAUGUAAUGAAUAAUGUGAUGAACAUGUGGAUAUAAAUAUAUAUAUAUAUACAAAGAUAUAUUGACUAUUAUAUCAAAUGUAGUCACAACUUGAUGCAAUGAAACAAAUAUAUAUAUAUAAACAUAUACAUAUAUUUGUGUGUAAAGGGUCUGAUGGUAAGAUCAACCACCCCAUGUCCUUCUCAUUAUUUUCUAUCCAAAUGCAUGUCUUUCAUGCAGGCAGAUCUAGCCUCACAUCUAGAUACACUUGUUCCCUUCUUAUGUUACCAAUUAUUGCCUCACAUCUUGUAUUUAUUUUUUCACAAUGUGUUUAUGUGUAGAAGGUUUGCCCCCUUACAUUUUAAAGUCUUGAGUUUGAAGGGCACUGUAGCUCAAAACCAACACUACCCAGGUCCUCUGCUUCUGUACUUCAGUCAUUACACAUAAGUGCAACACUUUUUAAUUGAUCUUUUUUAUGUUGGGAACUUUGAACACAUGCCUCUAUUGAUUGUGUGGUUGUGUUUUAAUGCUGUAUUGUACCUACACUGUUAUUCUCAUUUCACCCCGCUCACAUUGUAGUAUUAUCUCUCAAGCUGUGUGCAUUUGUAGUAUUUUACUGUAUCUGCAAUGUGUUAUUCAAAUGUAUUUUUUGCAUUAGCAAAUACACUGAAUGAAAAAUAGCACUGUAUACAGGUUGAACUAGGACCUUUUAUGUCUUUCAAAGCAUCUGUGCAAAGAAUAAUAAUACAACAAUAGAAAUACAAAACAACGAUAUCGUAAAGAUGUUUUGAUCUCUAUAUUAUUUUGUUAUUAAUGUUGUUUUCUUUUUUCUGUAUACACAAUUGUUGUUUUUGUAGCCUAUUCAGUCAUCUGUUGAGUAGACCUUCACAGUAACAACAUUAACAAAUGUCUUCUGAUGUGAAAAUGUGUUUAGUCCCUUUCACAGAGGGUGGUGCCUCUCACUGUCUGCUGAUUCAACUCAUUUAUACUACCGUAAUACUAAAUAAAGCUAGAAUAUUGAAAAUGUCAA